UGGCUUCCCAUUGGCCAGUCCGUGUUCGGGUCCGGAUCCCGCUCUCCUCAGUGGAGCCCUUCAGAUCCUACGUGCCCGGGGCAGCCGUGCUGCGAUCUGAUUUCAGGGCCCGGGGUCUGGUCCGGAUCCCUCGGGCCUCGAAGCUGCCAGUGUGACCUUGAGCAAGUCUCGCCCGCUGGGCCUCAAGUUCCCUUGCGUGAACUAGGGUGGGAUGAGCAGUGUGGUUCUUAUCCUGAGCUUUUGUAACUUUCUGGGCAGAGAACCCACACUCCCUGCUCCCUACAGGUCUUGAUCAUGAACGCCCCUGGAGGAAGGAGGAAGGAAGGUAGAAGGACUCAUAGACCCCGGGAGCAGGACCGAAAUGUGCAGCUGUCUAAGGCUCUGUCCUAUGCCCUUCGCCAUGGGGCCUUGAAGCUGGGACUUCCCAUGCGAGCUGAUGGCUUUGUGCCCCUGCAAGCCCUCCUGCAGCUGCCCCAGUUCCACAGCUUCUCCAUUGAAGAUGUGCAGCUCGUGGUCAAUACCAACGAAAAGCAGCGGUUUACCCUGCAGCCAGGCGAGCCGAGCACUGGGCUCCUCAUCAGGGCCAAUCAGGGCCACUCCCUACAAGUCCCUGAGUUGGAACUGACGCCCCUGGAGACACCACAAGCCCUGCCCUUGACACUAGUCCAUGGUACAUUCUGGAAGCACUGGCCAUCUAUUCUACUAAAGGGCUUGUCACGCCAAGGAAGGACACACAUCCACUUGGCCUCAGGAUUGCCUGGGGACCCUGGUGUCAUCAGCGGCAUUCGUCCAAAUUGUGAGGUGGCGGUUUUCAUCGAUGGACCCCUAGCCCUCACGGAUGGAAUCCCUUUUUUCUGCUCCGCCAAUGGCGUGAUUCUGACUCCAGGGAAUGCUGAAGGCUUCCUGCUUCCCAAGUACUUCAAGGAGGCCCUGCAGCUGCGACCUACCCGAAAGCCUCUCUCCUUGGCUGGUGAUAAAGAGACAGAGACUCAGAGUGGCCCCAAGCUCAGCUCCAGAGGAGGAAGAAGAAAGAUCCAACAAUAAAAUAUUUAUUUAUUAAAAAACCUGAAACAGACACAGAAAGAAAGUCCAGCUUCAAACCAG